AUGUCUGCACGGGCUCUAGCCAUGCUCUCUUCCCCGUGGACGAUGAUAGCCUCCCACAAACCCUCCUCCCUUCCCCAUCUCACAGCAUCUCCCUUCCCCCACCCACAGCAUCUCCCUUCCCCCUAUCACAGCUCCUCCCUUCCCCCUCUCACAGCUCCUCCCUUCCCCCACCCACAUCAUCUCCCUUCCCCCUAUCACAGCUCCUCCCUUCCCCCUCUCACAGCUCCUACCUUCCCCCACCCACAGCAUCUCCCUUCCCCCACCCACAGCAUCUCCCUUCCCCCUCUCACAGCUCCUCCCUUCCCCCUCUCACAGCUCCUCCCUUCCCCCACCCACAUCAUCUCCCUUCCCCCUCUCACAGCUCCUCACUUCCCACACACAGCAUCUCCAUUCCCCAUAUCACAGCUCGUCCCUUCCCCCUCUCACAGCUCCUCCCUUCCCCCACCCACAGCAGCUCCCUUCCCCCUCUCGCACCUCCUACCUUCCCCCUCUCGCUGCUCCUCCCUUCCCCGUUCCGCCUCUCAUUCCGCAUCUCAAGCCGCCUCUCCUUCCGCCUCUCAUUCCGCCCCUCCUUCCGCAUCUCACUCCGCCUCUCGCGUCACCUCUCAUUCCGGGUUUCUUUCCGCCCCUCAUUACGCCUCUCAUUACGCCUCUCAUUACGCCUCUCAUUACGCCUAUCUAUUCGCCUCAUCCCGCCUCUCAAUCCGCCUCUCAUCCCGCCUCUCACGCCGCCUCUCGUUCCGCCUCUCGUUCCGCCUCUCAUUCCGCCUCUCGUUCCGCCUCUUUUUCCGCCUCUCAUUCCGCCUCACAUUCCGCCUCUUAUUCCGCCUAUAA